AUGGCAGCACAGUCAAGGAGUAAGGCGUUCUGUUGUGUACCAAAGUGCAGCAAUUCAAAACAAAAACAACCGUAUUUGAGUUUUCACGAGUUUCCAACAAAUGACCAUCAAAGACAAAAGUGGGUACAUGCUAUUAGACGAGAUGAAGGACCGACGUUUGCUAUUCGAAGAGCAAGUACAUUAGUCUGCAGUCAACACUUCACUGCUGCUGACUUCAUGCAGGGUAGUUGUCGUCUGAAAGCUGGAGUUAUUCAAAGUCGCUUUCAGUGGAACAACUUUCAUGUACCGCCACAAAAGCAGUCUGCUUUUGAGAGUAACAAGGAUUCGGAAGUUAUCGUCAAGGACCAUGACUACGCUGCACACCCCCCUCCUGGUGCUUUGGAUGAAGCCUUGGAAUACAUAGCAGAGCUGGAGGCUAGGCUAAAGAAAAUUUCACUGGAGACACCAACUGUGUUCAGUAGGUUUUGUGUGUCUGAUCACACAAUUCGAUACUACACCAGGUUUCCCUCACAGGAAGUAUUCCAGGUUUUCUGGGAGUCUGUUUGUCCAUCUGCCACAAACCUUAUGUACUGGACAAAAGCACAAAGGAUGGAGAUAUUCUCAAACUACAAGAGCACCACAACAUUUAAAAGACUCCUGGGAGUGGCUCCAUGUGGUGCAGUGACAUUCAUCUCCCGUCUGUACACUGGCUCAAUCUCUGACAAAGAGAUUACAAGGAGGUCUGGCAUCUUGAGUCUUCUUGAACCUGGAGAUGAGGUGAUGUCUGACAAAGGCUUCACAAUUGACAUGAUCACUAAUGUUGGGGCUACACUAAUAAUUCCACCGUUCAAGUGUGACCGGCAGUUCAGCAAGACAGACUGUCAAAAAACACAAACCAUUGCAUGGCUCAGAAUUCUGGUGGAAAGACUCGAUGCUACGCUGUAA